AUGCUUCCUUGUAGGAAGCUCGUUGCUCCGCUUCAACGCUCGCAUGUCACAAUCCGUCGCGAGCCGCAUCAACAGCGUGCCCAGGUGACGUGGUCAUGCCGACAUGCCGGUGGAGCACGAGAACUGCUUCUUCUCUUGGAUGCCGAAGAGAAAUUGCGCCGGCAAAACGACAUGGCUAUCAAAAGGAUGUCAAGAAUCGCAAUAUCAAAUUUCGCAUCUAGUGCGCUCGUCAAGCUCAACAGCUCCAGAGCAUCGGACACGGCUCCCGCGGGUGAGAUGGAUCCUAGCCGAGAAGAUGCCGUGUAA